GCAUGGAGUAUACGCGCGUUCCGAUACACUCGUAACGUAACUUGGGGGUACAGUUUAGUUUACACUUGACUGUGGGCAGUCGUCGUGCGCUUGCGCAGACUACGGCGACGUACGACGCACGAGUUCCGAUACGAAUAUUGUAAACAAAAGGCGCAAUUGCGCGAAAUUUAAACGUAUCUUCAGAUAUUGUUUUCUACCUGCAAGUAAAGUUUACCUGUGAUACAUAUAUCAGUGCAGUAAACAGUGUUCAAAAUGGAUUUGUCCUGUGGAGAGAACAUAGAAAACUCCGGGAAUCAGGAGUGCGGCAGCCGGGCUGUGGAUAUGUGCAUCGCCGGCCCAGAUCGAGCUUUGGACCAUGAUCCUCGUGUCAUAUUAAAUUUAUUAACUUUGGAGAGGGCACAUGCUUUGCAUACAGACUACUUCCAGAAUGUGCAGAUUGAUAUUCAGCCAUUUAUGCGGAAAGUCGUUACCACUUGGAUGUUAGAAGUGUGCGAAGAACAACAAUGUGAGGAGCAGGUGUUUCCUCUUGCCGUAAGUUACAUGGACCGGUUCCUUGCUCAACGCGCCAUCUCGCGGCAACAGCUGCAACUGCUGGCUGUCACUGCAAUGCUUCUGGCCUCCAAAUUCCGGCAGUGCCAUCCUCUGUCUGUCGACCUUCUGUGUGCUUAUACAGAUAAUUCUGUAUAUCCACAAGAAGUUCGGCAAUGGGAAGUGAUGCUUUUACAGCGGUUGAACUGGCAGCUCUCAAUCGCGACAGCGUUCGACUUUGUGGAGCCAUACCUUGCGAGAGUGCCUUGGGGAAGAAGCAAUCCACUCGUGCGCACUCAUGCACUCACGCUCACCUCCGUUUGUUAUACUGAAACGGAAUUCCUACUAGUGCCACCAUCUUUAAUCGCCGUCGCCUGUAUAACAGCAGCGGCUCGAGGGCUGCGCGUGCGCAUGUCCAUAAACGACUUGUGUGUGUUGACACGUACGCCGGCUGCCGCUGCUGAGCUUAUUGCUCGACAUGUGGAGCGGGUGCUGGCUAGGGAGACUCAGCCACAGGAACCGAGGACUAGGCAUAUGCACUCACAUAAACAAACCGCCUCAGAACAGACACAAUUACCAGACACACCCACAGACGUACAAGACGUGCACUUUUGAUCUAAGAUACCCUAGAUUAAAGAAGAACUUGAGUAAAAUUUGAUAAAAUCAUACUUUUCCUUGUAUUAAGAGUUGCAUCAUGAGAAUAUCUACCCAAUUUUGUUGAAAAUGUUACAAAUGCACAAGACAUUCAAUUUUACAAUAGAUUUUUUCUUGCACACCUGGAUAGAAAAUAAAGAACCCAAGGAGACAUAAUAUGUAUUCUGAUGCAGUUGCGUUCAAUAAUAAAUCUAUGAGAAUAACAUAGAAGAAUUGUCCAUUGAUCUCAAAUUUUAUUAAUGUAAAAUAUUGCCUUAGAGUAGAUUUAAUAUUAUUUAUUAAGAUUUGUUAAUGUGUAAUAUAGUUUGAAUAUGUUCCAGUUAUUACUAUAGAUAUGAUCUCCAGUAAAUCCAAAAGUUAUUGUAAGACUGAAAUAUAAGGUAACUGUAAUUCUUUUUCGAAUUAAACGCGACAACCACAAAUAAUUUUAUAUUUUUUUUUAAUAAUCAAUUUAAUACCACGUCAGAAUGAAACUAACAGGAGACUUUUAGAUAAUUACUAUUAUAUUUAAUAAUACUUAUUGUAUGCUAUUAUAAAAUUUAAGUUAUAUUAAGCAUAUUUCUGAAAUAGUAUUUAUAUUGUAAUGUUGGUAAGGACCAACAUACUUGUACAAAGUGUGGUUAGCAUUAAUAAAUUCUGGCGUGGUUCGCAAAAACAAAUAGUAAUUAUUAUUUAUUCUGUGGCAAUAGCCAACAAUUUAUUUAUCAAAAACAAUAAAGCAUAUUUUUUUUUUAUGUAUGAUUUUUGUGAAUGUUGUGAAUAGUUUCCUUUUGAGAGCUUUUUGUGUGUCAUUUUAUUAUUGAUAGCUAAUGAUUAUCGUGAGUAUUUUGUUAGGAUCUCAGUUUGUAGCAAAUUUCAAACAAUAUAAUAAUUAUUGUAAAAUGGUGUGUCUAGUUCGUAAUAAUGUCGCGUGAAUAUGUUAAAGUAUGUAAUAUUUAUUUAAGUAGAUAUACAUGUUAAGUUUUAGUAAAUUCUAGUCAGAUGUUUUACACAUUCCUGUUUUCGACCAAACUUUGAUGAUUCUAAGAUAUUAUUAAUUUAAUAGUUUAAGUUUAGAGUGUAGCUUACAAGGGGUGUUAUUUACUCUAGAUUAUCUCUAUGAUAUGAAAUAUCGUGUACAUGAAUUAGAAAACUUCAAAAUACUCAUUAACGAGUAAGUAAUUUAAAGUAAAUAGAAGCCUCCCCUUGUAUGACUAGGUUUGUCUAUUGUGCACAUGGAAAUAAGAGAGAAAUGUAGGUAGAUGAUAUUAUCGUAUAAAUAUUGUGUAAGUCGAAGUAGCGAGGCGCGUCGGGCAACGUUACGCGAUGUUAAUUAAACUAAUUAGAAUAAAUUAAUGGUCGAGCUUUCAAGUUUCUCUCUUAAUUCUAUUAAAAAGCGUAACCUUCCCAUAAGCAUAAGCUUAAUUAUAACGAGCUCUCAUGAAACUACAGUGUGUAACGUAUCGUUAAAUAUAUGUAUGUGUAACAUACGUCAUGUGCUGUUGUGUCAGUGUUGUUGUAUUAUUUAUCAAAGAUCGAAAUUGUUUAAUCGACAUAUUCUUUUUGUGUUUUCAAUUCGUCAAGAUUGUCCAAUAUUGUCCAUGGUACCUACAAUAUGUAUACCUAGAAUAAAUAGCAUUAAGACUGUAGAAAGCAGGGGUCGAUGAGUUGAUGUACAGUUUUGAGUAUGUUUCUAAACGUAAUAAAGUAAUAAAAAUAUUAA